AUGCUCCAACGGUCACUCCUCCGUUCCGGUACCAGGAGACUCGUUUCAUCGGGAGUCGUGCGGCACCAGCAGAAGCAGCUGGCAGGUCGCGUGGCAGUGCGGCACCAGAGCUUCUCGUCCAACCCGGGUAGCCCAGCGACGAUAACAGACAGCGGGUUCUGGAAGUCACUGAUCCCCAAGCCCAUGCGCAAGGAGAACCGAGCCAAGAAGAAGAGCUCGAGUGCAUCGGCAGAGUGGAACCCCGCGACGUUCUACGUUGUCAUAUUCCUCCUCAUUGGGUCCAUGUCCAUCCAGAUGAUCACCCUGCGCAGCUCAUUUCAGGGCUACAUGAGGCGUUCAGAGGUCAAGAUUGCCCUGCUGAGGGACGUGGUCGACAAGAUCCAGAGGGGCGAGAAGGUGGAUGUUGAGAAGGCGCUGGGGACGGGAAACGCCGAACGAGAGGCGGAUUGGGAAGAGGUGUUACGAACCAUCGAGAGCGAAGAUGGUGCGCCUAAGGCCUCGAAAAGGACGAACCGACAGGACACCGAACCGACCGACCCUGCGAGCAAGCAGCAGCAGCAGAAACAACCUGCCCCAGUAGCAGAGGAGACGACACAGACAACAGAGAAGCCGUCGGCAGGAUUUGGAAGCUUCUUUUAG